AUGAUUCCUAUUUCCACCAUGCCACUAUGGCUUCUCCCCCUUCUAGUUCUCCUUCCAUUGAUUCUCAUUCUAAAGAGCAAACAAGUGAAGAGAACAAACCUUCCUCCUGGCCCUCCUAAGCUUCCCAUCAUAGGUAACUUGCACCAACUUGGUGAGCUGCCUCACCGCUCUCUACAGCAACUCUCUAAGGAAUAUGGUCCAAUUAUGCAUUUGGAACUUGGGUUCAUGCCUACAGUAGUUGUCUCAUCUGCUGAAAUGGCAAGUGAGAUCAUGAAGUCUCAUGAUCUUGAUUGUUGCAGUAGGCCUGAUUUGAUGGGCCCUAGGAAGCUCUCAUACAACUUCUUAGACAUUACUUUUGCACCUUACAAUGAGUACUGGAGGGAGAUGAGGAAGGUUGCUGUUCUAGAGCUUUUCAGUGUGAAGAGGGUUCAAUCUUUUCAUUUGAUUAAAGAAGAGCUAGUUGCUUCAAUGAUUAGCUCAAUUUCGAAAUCUUCUUUAUCAUCAACUCCUAUUAAUCUGAGUGAGAUGCUCUUUACCCUUACUGAUGAUAUAACUUGUAAGAUUGCUUUUGGUAAGAGUUACAAGGGGAGAGAAUUUGAUAAUGGGAGGUUUGGAAAAGCUAUUAAUGAAGCCAUAGCUAUCUUGGGUACCUUCUCUGGCACCGAUUUUUUCCCUUAUGUAGGGUGGAUCAUGGACAAGUUCACUGGACUCGAUGGAAGGCGUGAGAAGUGCUUCCUUGAAUUUGAUAAAUUCUACCAAAAUGUGAUUGAUGAACAUGUCAACAGUGAGAGAGCUGAAUCAGAGCAUGAAGACAUUGUUGAUGUCUUGCUCAAAGUAGGAAGGGAUCAUAAAGUUGCAGGUUCUCUCACCCAUGAUCAUAUCAAAUCAAUCCUCAUGGAUUUAUUUUUAGCUGGAGUAGACACUAGUGCUGCUACAGUAGAGUGGGCAAUGGCAGAGCUUGUUAAGAAGCCAGAAGUGAUGAAGAAAGUACAAGAUGAGAUUAGAAGCACUGUGGGAAAGAAAGAAAUGAUUGUUGAAGCAGACAUUGAUCAGCUUAAAUUCCUUAAAUUGGUGGUAAAAGAGACUCUAAGAUUGCAUGCUCCAGGCCCUCUAUUGCUCCCAAGAGAAGCCAUGAACCAAUUUACCAUUAACGAAUAUAACAUUUACCCCAAAACAAGGAUCCAAGUGAAUGCUUGGGCAAUAGGGAGAGAUCCAAAAUAUUGGGUGAACCCAGAAGAUUUCAAUCCAGAGAGGUUCAUGAAUAGCUCAAUUGAUUUUAAGGGAGCACAUUUUAUGUUCUUGCCUUUUGGAGCAGGUCGAAGAAUGUGUCCUGGUAUGCACUUUGGUCUUUCAACAGUUGAGCUAACACUCGCAAAUCUUCUGUAUUCCUUUGACUGGGGACUUUCUGAUGGGAUGAAGAAGGAAGAUAUAGAAAUGGAUGAGCAAGCAGGUCUUGUUGUUCAUAAGAAAGCUCCUCUUUACCUUAUGCCUAUUAAAAAUUAAUUUGAUGGCAUGGCCCCUUGAGAGGAAUCCUAUUUGCAUUA